AUGUCCUAUCCUGACAAGAAAGGUAGUCCCACUCCUAUUUUUCUACUAGUUUUCUCCUGCCUGGUGCUGUCUGUCUUUUCGACCAUUGAUGAGUACCAGAACAGCUCAGAAGGGGCCCUUUACAUCCUGGAAAUCGUCACCAUCGUGGUGUUUGGGGUGGAAUACUUUGUGAGGAUCUGGGCGGCCGGCUGCUGCUGCCGAUACCGGGGCUGGAGGGGAAGGUUAAAAUUUGCCCGCAAGCCUUUCUGCGUCAUCGACAUCAUGGUGCUGAUUGCAUCCAUCGCCGUGCUGGCAGCGGGGUCCCAAGGGAAUGUCUUUGCCACCUCAGCACUCAGGAGUUUGAGGUUCCUGCAGAUCCUGCGCAUGAUCCGCAUGGACCGGCGGGGCGGCACCUGGAAGCUCCUGGGCUCUGUGGUCUACGCACACAGCAAGGAGCUGAUUACUGCGUGGUAUAUUGGCUUCCUGUGCCUCAUUCUGGCCUCUUUCCUGGUAUACUUGGCCGAGAAAGGAGAAAAUGAGCACUUUGAUACAUACGCAGAUGCACUUUGGUGGGGUCUGAUCACUCUCACCACCAUCGGCUACGGGGACAAGUACCCGCAGACCUGGAACGGGCGGCUGCUGGCGGCGACCUUCACACUCAUCGGCGUCUCCUUCUUCGCCCUUCCUGCCGGCAUCUUGGGUUCGGGGUUUGCUCUGAAGGUUCAAGAGCAGCAUCGACAAAAACACUUUGAGAAGAGGCGAAACCCAGCAGCGGGCCUGAUCCAGGCGGCUUGGAGAUUUUAUGCCACCAACCUGUCCCGGACGGACCUGCACUCCACCUGGCAGUACUACGAGCGCACCGUCACCGUCCCCAUGUACAGCACGCAAACGCAAACGUAUGGUGCCUCCAGACUAAUCCCUCCUCUGAACCAGCUGGAGCUCCUGAGGAACCUGAAGAGCAAGUCGGGACUGACAUUCAGGAAAGAGCAGCAGCCCGAACCAUCGCCAAGUCAGAAGGUCAGUUUGAAAGAUCGUGUCUUCUCCAGUCCCCGCGGUGCUGGCACCAAAGGGAAAGGCUCUCCACAGGCUCAGGGCAUGAGGAGGUCCCCCAGUGCUGACCAGAGCAUCGAGGACAGCCCAAGCAAAGUGCCCAAGAGCUGGAGCUUCGGAGACCGCAGCCGAGCCCGGCAAGCUUUCCGCAUCAAGGGAGCGGCGUCGCGGCAGAACUCGGAAGAAGCAAGCCUCCCUGGAGAAGACAUCCCUGAUGAGAACAAAAGCUGCAACUGCGAGUUUGUGACAGAAGAUUUGACACCAGGGCUGAAAGUCAGCAUCAGGGCAGUGUGCAUUAUGAGGUUUCUCGUCUCCAAGCGCAAGUUUAAGGAGAGCCUUCGGCCCUACGACGUGAUGGAUGUCAUCGAGCAGUACUCAGCUGGUCAUCUGGACAUGCUCUCCCGGAUUAAAAACCUUCAGGCCAGGAUAGAUAUGAUUGUGGGUCCCCCACCCCCUUCAACUCCCCGGCAUAAGAAGUAUCCAACCAAAGGACCCAUGUAUUCUUCCAAAGAAUCUCCCCAAUACUCGCCUAGAGUUGACCAGAUCGUUGGGAGAGGAUCCUCCAUGACUGACAAGGAUCGGACCAAAGGGCCAGCAGAGGGGGAGCUGCCUGAAGACCCCAGCAUGAUGGGCAGGCUUGGAAAAGUUGAAAAGCAGGUUCAGUCAAUGGAGAAGAAGCUGGACUUCCUGGUGAACAUUUACAUGCAGCGGAUGGGCAUCCCACCAACAGAGACGGAGGCUUAUUUUGGGUCCAAAGAACCAGACCCGGCACCUCCCUACCACAGCCCCGAAGACAGCAGGGAGCACAUUGACAAGAACGGCUGCAUCAUCAAGAUCAUCAGGUCCACCAGCUCCAUGGGUCAGAAGAACUUCUCCGCCCCACCAGCCCCAACCAACGCAUGCCCGCCCUCCACGUCGUGCCAGCGGCAAAGCCACGGCUCCUCUCCCGUCGGAGACCCCAGCUCGCUGGUCCGAAUCCCACCUCCGCCCUCCCACGAGCGCUCCCUGUACAGCGGCGGGCACAGGGCGAGCGCAGAGUACCUGAGGAAUGAAGACAUUACAACCAAACACCACGAGAGUGCCAUGAGAGACAGCGACACGUCCAUCUCCAUCCCCUCGGUAGACCACGAGGAACUGGAGCGCUCUUUCAGCGGCUUUAGCAUCUCCCAGUCCAAAGAGAAUUUGGACAUCCUUAACAACGGUUGCUAUGCAGCCGUGGCCAAAAUCAGACCCUACAUUGCAGAAGGGGAGUCAGACACCGAUUCUGACCUCUGCACGCCCUGUGGUCCCCCUCCCAGGUCGGCCACGGGCGAGGGACCCUUCAGUGACAUGGGCUGGUCAGCCCCCCGGCAGUGAAGCCUUCCUGCAGCCGCUGAGCCACGUCCAAGCGCUGGCAGCUGCCCGCUCCAGCUGUCCACAUGCUGAACUUCUCAAGGAGAUCGACAGCUAAGGUUUUCCUCCUCCUAGGACAUCCUUAGCUGGCAGAUACUUUCUUGCAGCUUACUCUGGGUGGGGGAACGAGCAGGUCCAAGCCUGUGGUUGUGGAAGAGGUCACGGUGGUGGGCCAGCUGGAGCCGUGAAGUCCAGAUUUCUUUCAUACUCUCUUUCUAAGAUCAUUAGGUGAAAUUAUUUCAUGGCGCAGGGUAGGCAAUUUGCAUUUCUUGGGAAUCUUCAGAAGCGCAGGGCAGGAAUAAAUCACCCAGCCAGGGCUUCUGUAGAUCACAGGAACUGGUGGCUGACAAGUGUUAGGUGGGAGUUGCUACGUCAUGGCACCCGUGAUUACACCUUUAGGUGUUUUGGUGUUUGGAAUGAACACAUUAUUUCCGACUUAGAUUUCAGAUCACGUGUAAUUACAGGGGGUUGGUACUCUGUGGUUCCUCAUUAGCUGUCAGGAAGGUGGCAUAAUUCCAAUAUAAUAUAUGGAAAUGUUGCAUAGAGCCCCUGGAGGAGAGGGAUGGUGGCCAGGAUAUCUGCAUGAGCAAAAGACAUGGCCUUGGAGUGGGAUAGGUUAGGAUACUGCUCUGGACCAGAACAGUUUGGAAACUAUCCCAUCUUAGGAAACUGAAAAACUCAGAACUAUGAUCUUGAGUGCAAGAAGAGGGACAGGGGGCAGAGAAAAGAGACAGAAGGAGGACAAGAGACUACAGGGCUGGAAUUUUCUAUUUUAAACCAUGUAUUAUAUUUAAUUAUCUCUCCUCCUGCUGACAAGGGACCUGGGGGUGCUUUGAAAGCAAAGACAAACCAAAGGCAACCCCUCUGGAAGGCUGCCAUGGUGUGAAGCCAUUCUCAUGGCCAUUGUGGAGGCACAGCCACCAGGCCAGAGGGGGAGGGUGGAUAUGCAGGAUUCUGUGGUCCCCGUGCUGCUGCGAGCUGCUGAGCUCCAUCCUGUGGAAGCCCUGUUGGUCUGAAUGGGCACUUUUCUUACAGUUUGCAUCGUGCCUGAACACUUUUGCACACACUAUGCCCGUGAAAAUCUUCCCUUUCUUCUUCUGCCCUGCCAGAAAACUCACACCCAUGUUCUUGGGACAUCCUUUGGUUUGUUUGGAUCCCUCAAGCUGAGUUAAGAGGUUUUCUUCUUUGUCUCAGAAGCCUCUUACCCAUGCUUGGCUGCAAGUUGUGCCAAUCCAAGUCUGCCCCGUUUCAUUGUUGUUCAAGUACUUCCUUUUGGAAAGAUUGUUGUGUCAUUACCAGGAACCUCAGUGGUGCUGAGGUUCAGCUGGGGGAAGGUGAGGGGAAAAGUGAUGCUCAAAGUUUCUUUUGGGACCAAAACAAAGUCACGAAGUGAUCCUUUACAUGGAUAGAUUGGUGGGGUUAUUCUGGAAGGAGGUGGAUCAGGAGAGGCUGUGUUUGGGAUCCAUCUCCAGGGCUGGGACACCAUGGCUGGCAUUGUGCCUCUGAACCCUCCUGUGCUUUCACAGCCCAAAUCCCACACGUGUUUCCUGCUGGGGCUGUGUCUGUGAUUUCAAACCCUGUCUUGCCACAUUUUCCCUGUGUCAUAUCAAGAGCCUGUUAAGGACAUUUAGGUGAGAAUUUCAUUUCUGUGUGGCCUUUCAGAGGUUGAACAUCGGCUUGCUCGGGUCGAAGGGAGACUCACAGCCUGUUUCUCUCCACCUGUUUGCUCGGCCAGGCACAGUAACCAGGAGAGACCCAGGAUGAUUUCAGCCUUAGGGAAGAUGUGGGUGCAGUCUGAAUGCUUGCAGACAGGAAAUAAAACUGUUCUUUUGCUAGUGCCCAGGACCAACACACAGGUCUUCACGUGAACUGAGGAAGGGGAAUAAAGGCUCUGAGCAAUUUUUCCUGCCAUUUUUCACCAUUCAGGAGGGGAAAACAUUUUUCUUAGGGGGACCCUGGGCUUCCAGCCGUGCUACUUCCUUUCUUUACCAUUUGAGCCAUAUUUUGGUUAACUUCUGCAAUUUUUCCCUCUCUGUUUGUGCUCCAGAACUCUUUUUGGCUCCAGAUUUCUUUGUGCAGAGUGAAAGCAGUGAUGCCCUUGACUUCCACACGCAGGCAACUUGAAAUGCCAAAUGCCUGUAAAUUGUGCAGAUUUGCCUGUGGCAUGUUCCAAAAUGAGAUGCCUUCUGGUAGAGCAAGAAGUGUCAGCAGGUCCUAAAUCAGACUUGGUGGCCUGUGUUUUCUACUGCCCACAAGAAUAGAAAUUGCAUUAGGUGAGGCAAAAAUCAACAUUGCUCCAGCCAGCUGCUCACUGCAAAUUUUGUCCAAGUCAGAGAUAACAAAGAUUUAUUGUCUUAUUUGUUUGCAAUUACCUUUCAAGGCCUGCUGGAAAUUUGUCACAGAAGGGUAUGAUAUAAAGGCAAGAAUGCCAGAUGAGGCUGAGGAUGAUGUCAUGCAGUCCUGUUGCAGCACAGGUACACAACUGGUCUUUUUUCAUAGUCACAGAAUCAUAGAUUCAUAGAGCCAUAGAAUAGUUUGGUUGGAAGGGACUUUAAAGCUGAUCUUCAGGGCCUGCAUGGGAAGAAUUGAGUUUACCUUCUUCAGCUUACUGGAGUCUAUAAAACACAUCUUUUAACGUGUAUCUUUAAAAGUUGUUGGAUUUGUUCCAUAAUCACUAAUUGCAGAAAACUGGUUUUAUACAUAUGCAACACAGAUCAUAUCUGGCUGCAACAUAUUUCACACAGAAUUUUUUUUGAAACGUGUAAGAUUUAUUCCACCUUUUUCUGUGGCUUCAUAUCAAAGAAAUUCUGACACACACCUCCAUCCACAAGCAUGCCAUAAAUAAUCACUUCUCAUUCACCCAGACCUGGAUUUGGGGGUUAACUUAUACCAGAAUUAGCUGCAAAUAAUGCUCCUUUUUUCCCUGAAAUGAUUUAAGCCUGCAGAAACAAUGACAUUGCCUGCUUGUUGCUUACUGACAUAAAUAAUUUAAUUCCUGCCCUAAAUUGUAGUCCACUACUCCCUGCAAAGUCUUCACCUUCAGCCAUUGAGCUCCCCCAUGCCUGUAUCACUCACUCCUGGUGAUAAUCUCCCACAAGAAAUCUUAAAUACUAGAUUAAAAGAAACGAAAUCAGUUUUGCUAAUAAAGCAAUCCCAAUUUUAAAGGUCCCAGCAGGCUUUAAGAGGAUGGACAAGCAAACUUUGUCCCACUGCUGAGCCUCUCUUGGGGUGGUCUUUGCUCCCCUCUCCCUCCCAAGUCUUGUUGCAUGUUUUUUGAAGGACAGAAACAAGUUUUAGGCAAUGCCAAGUGUGGACAGAGGAGUCCAAAGAGAGCUGAAGAAGAAGUGAAAGCCAAAUUUCCAGCAGGCCAUCCAUCUUGAACUGCUCCAGGGAUGCCCAUGUCCCUGUGUGAUUCUGUGCCCAG